UACAUAGAGGCUAUUGAUUGGUUGCUUGCUUCACCACAAAAAGAUGGAAGUUGUGAUGCCUUUUUACUAAGUUGAAAAGGCUGCAACAUUUGAUAGUUAUGAGCUACUUUUUGAUAUGUAAAUGUUGAUCAAAACAAGCUGUUGAAUUUCAGUAGAUUUUUUAUGAAACUUAUAUAGAAAAUCUUUGAUGGAGAUGGAGGGGAGAGGCUACUCAGAGUUUUACAGGAACACGAGCGAGGAGCUUCUUAUCAAGAUGAUGAUGGAGAGCCCCGUUGGAAUACCAGCUCCGACAAUGGAGAUGUUGGGAUUCAAGAACCUCACGCAGAGUUUCCGAACAGACAGCGAGGAGCUCUUCAAGAGCUGGCUCACAAAUGGAGAGAACAGUAGCUGCCAUUCAGCAGGCCUCGGGCAUCACCCUCGACAAGCAUCAAGAAGGAUCUCCACAGAACUAGCUGGUUUGAGCAAUCAAAACUCGGCUGCAGUGCAGAAGAAGAUGAACGAAGAUACGUUCCAACAAACCAGUUAUGCGGCUGCUGCUGAUUCUUCUACUGAUCUUGAAUCAGCAAGAAGUGGAGUUGAGAAAGGGGUGCAGGCUAGCAAUCUGUUUCUGACGAAGGCAUGGUUCAACAGUUCUCAGCCUAUGACAAGGAGCAGAUCAUCUGAAUUGAGGAGGAAAUAUGUUGCAAUGCAAAACUCACAAACACCAAUAGGACUUGAGGCCAUGAUUCAACAACAAGAAAACACACACUUCAACUUUUACAAUAACAUGUCAACAAUCUAUGAGAAUGCAACUCAUUUCAAUACAUCAUCAUCAUUCAUGUCUCCAUCCAUUUCCUCUUUUUCCACUUUCAACAACCCCCAAAUGGGACACGAGGACAAGAUCUCGUCUGUCGUGAGCAUGCUCAAGGGAACGUUAGAGAGCAAGAAAGUCGAGAGAGAGGCCGUUGAGGGCACCUACUAUGAUAGUGGUGCAGCACAAGUGUUAAGCCAUGGUUGCUUCAACCAAGAGUUAUUUGAGAAUCAAGGGACUUUUGGGGAUGUUUCUUUGCUCGGAGACGAUGAGACGAGGGUGCUGCAGACGAUAGAGGAGUCGUUGAUGGAGGGCAUUAUGGGACCUCUCAACCAGACGAGUACACUGUCAAGGGAGCCAUCUCAGAGCGAGUCCUGUGUUGCUGCACCCAUGGCUUCGGGUGGUGUCGAUGUAUACGACGAUCUUUGCAUUUCUGCACAAGCUCCUAGUGUUUGUGAGAGCUCAAGGCAUAUAAUGGGGACAAGAAGAAGCCCUGAAGAUAGUUCAAGGAGUAGAGAUGUUAGAGAACGUGUGUAUGAUAGCUCAAGAGACGAUCAAAAGCAGCAAGAAGGACUAGUUAGAUAUGGAUCCAUCAAAUCAUCUGGUUCAGUGGACAGAGGAGAUCCCACAAAAAAACGUAGGGUGGAGCGAUCACGCAAGAUGGCCGAGGCUAAGGAGAAAAGUUCGACAUUGCCUGUGGCAUCGGACAUGCAAUCCGUCCUGAAACGGUGUGAGAAUCUUGAGAAGGAAGUGCGUUCACUUAAACUCAACUUGGCCUUCAUGAACAGAAAGGAUUCUGAGCAGACAAAACAAAUCGAAGAGCUUCUGAAACAGAAUCAGGAUCUGGGAGGUGAAAAGGAACGAUUACUCGAAGAGAUUGAGAGGAUCGUUUCACAAACUGGCAAAAUAAAAUUGAUUACAAGACUAAGGACCCUCCACCAAAUGAAAUCUGUCCUAUGGAACUCUACCUAUCGGACAAAAUGGCUGCCUCAGCUAAUUAAAUAUGGUCUGUGUGUGCAAAAGGGGGAAGAUUAAAGUGUUCAAAGUGCUAAGUCGCAAAGCUCUGGAGCAGCAUGCGGUGCCAGGUAUUUUACAUACAACAUACUUCAUGAUUUAAGAGCUUACAGCAAAGCUGAGCUACCUUUUACACUGUCCCGUGCUAUAAAACAGUAUAGAAGACUAUUGAUUUUACAUAAUUAAAUAUGAAUACACAUUUUAAGAGGUGUGUCAGAGAAGCUCAACUCAAAACCUAUCUUGCAACCUGACACAACAUAAGACUGCUCUUAUAACCAAAUAAUAUGACAAGUUGACACCGAUAAUUUCAGUUAUCUAUGAUACAACUAGGAAUCCCCAAGUGUAAAUAUGAGCAUCAUGUAAACAUAAAAAACCUAGAUGAGAAACCUACAGCUCCAAAACUAUUAAUGGGAAUAAUAUAU